UUCCCAAGUAUCACUUAUACUGCAUCUUACCUUUAUUUCCGGAAAAUCGACUGAACACAUGAUGAACGUGAUGAACGCAUUUUGAUUUCUCUUAUUCAUUUGAAGGAUACAAGAGGAUUAGAAUUAGUUUAUAGGUAUAUAUACUGUUGGCAAACGUUUGUUAAGAUGGCAUCAAACAAGGAAAAUUCUGACGGAACUGACGUGUCUACGGAGGAAAUUGAUGAUAGAACCAACAAAGGGAAGUCUCCUACAGAGAGGCCUUGGCAAGAAGACAAAGGUGUUCCUGAGAGCUUGCUGUACGCUUAUGAGAACAGUUUGUGGACAGAUGUGACCCUGGAAUGUACUGCAGAGAAUGGAGACGUGCAGUUCAUAAAAGCCCACAAGAUGAUCUUGGCGUCGCGCAACACUGUUUUUGAGGCCAUGUUGUUUGGUCCAGCGGCUGACAAAGUAGAUAUAAUACAGAUUUCAACGUUCAGUUACGAACUCAUGGACUUACUUUUAAAGUACUUGUAUUCAGAGAAGACACAUAUUACAGAAAGCACUGCCCGCCCGAUGUUUGAGAUGGCAUAUUUCUACCAAGUACCCGCACUUAUCAACUUAUGCAGUCAAUAUAUUCAAAGCAUCUUCCGAGACGACAGCGUUUGUGGAAUACUAGAACUCGCUUUGCUAUAUGGCAACGUCGGUCUCAGAAAUGCAGCUUCGAUUAUAUCGAUCAAAAUGCCAUAACGGUGAUCGAAACGGAUGGAUUUUUACAGGUCUCUGAAAUGUGUCUCGAAUACAUACUUAGAGGAGAUACGUUUCACGUUGAUGAAAAGACCAUACUUCGUCGGGCAAUCGAGUGGGCAAAAAAAUUAUGAAAUCAAAGAUGGACUUAACAAAGACAGAAACCUAGAUAAAAAUAAAAAAAAUCCAUCCGACAUUUCUGUAAAACAUUUUAAAAGCACUCUUGGUAACGCGUUCCAAUAUAUCCGUCUAGGAGCGAUGUCUGUUGGUGAAUUUUCAGAAUGUGUAGAAAGCACUUUAAGUGCAGAAGAAAUAAAGGAUAUUCUAAAGUUUCCUAAAAAUUGCUCCACAAAAGAUUUCCAUCCACACAGAUUACCCAAGAAGGAAACACUCGAAUUCAAAAACGGUAAAACUACGUGGAGCUCAUGCCAAAAAUCAUCUUCGCGAAACUCAGGUUUAUUCAGCAGUUCAUCUGAGUCGAUGUAUGAGAUAACUGUUAGGAAGAGUCUGAUCAUAUGUAAAGGCAUCACUUUUUCCGAAAUAUCUGUGUUAGUCGAUAUACUAGGUGAAAGAUUUGGAAGUAUGCAGACAACCAAAGCGGUAGAUCCUAAUCUUGACUUUACCGUUAAAAUGAACAUCAAAAUCGCUCGUACGAGGCUUAAUUACAGCUUCAUAACUACAAUACAGGAUUUGUCCGCGUACGAUCUCGAAUUCGAUUCACCAAUUUGCCUCAGAGCAUCGGAGGAUCCUUACAAAGUUGUUGUUAAAAUGGAACUUCAACCGACACCUCUCAAUAUAACAUUCACAACGAACCAAUGUGGCGUAGGAUCAGCUGAAAUAGAAAACGCAAAAGUGGAAUGGAAUAAUCAGUUCUCCAUAUUACACAAAAUUCUAUUUUCGAACACCUCUAAUAGAGUUUCGAAAGGCAAGGAAAGAAAAAAAAUGGAUGAUGAUGGAAAGUAACAAUACUUAUGUGAAAAAAAGUGGGAACAGUUUACACUGAAGCUUUGCUAUAUUUAACUUUAAAAUGAUUCAGUAGUGUGAUGCAAUAUUAUUAAGGGCUAUUCCAUUUAAACAUAUAACCCACGAGGGGAAGGCACUUUUGAACUAGACCUCCCCCUACAGAAGCAAAUUAACCGUUUGGGGGUCCUACCACUAUUUGUUUUUUUCGACCCAGAAUAAUCUCAUUCAGAAGCGAUUUGCAAGCAUAAAAGGUCCAAGUUUUAAUCUUAAUAAUGAAAACAACUUUAAUAUUUUUCAGACUGGCAUAAGCCUUUUUGUCCCUUUCGGUUUCACAACAUUUCCAUUUGUAGAGGACAUAACUUUGUGAUAAAAGAGACUGUGUUAAUUGAUUUAAUUAA